GCGUAAACCAUGGCCAGAACUAAGCAAACUGCGCGUAAAUCCACCGGAGGAAAAGCUCCCAGGAAGCAGCUCGCCACCAAGGCUGCCCGAAAGAGCGCCCCGGCCACCGGAGGUGUCAAGAAGCCUCACCGCUACAGGCCCGGGACCGUGGCUCUGAGGGAGAUCCGCCGUUACCAGAAGUCCACCGAGCUGCUCAUCCGCAAACUGCCCUUCCAGCGUCUGGUCAGGGAGAUCGCCCAGGACUUCAAAACCGACCUGCGUUUCCAGAGCUCCGCCGUCAUGGCUCUGCAGGAGGCCAGCGAGGCUUACCUGGUGGGUCUGUUUGAGGACACCAACCUGUGCGCUAUCCACGCCAAGAGGGUCACUAUCAUGCCCAAAGACAUCCAGCUGGCCCGCCGUAUCCGCGGAGAGAGGGCUUAAACUGUCCCGUGACUGAACAAAACAACGGCUCUUUUAAGAGCCA